CUAUCCUGUUAUUUGCACAGUUUGAUCAUUUCUAUUUUAACACAAUUUCACAUUUCACUAUUCCCCUGCUGUCUUAUUGUAUAAUGGAUUAAUAUAUCGUCUUCACUUCGACUCUGUGAUACGUUUUUCACGUCAAACAAACGACACAACACGAAAAACAAUGAACACCAGCCAAGGGCCAGACCAGGAUGCUGCCCGCAAGCCCAGUCCCUUCGACAACUUGAGCAGGGAGGACUUGGUAAAAAAAUGCAAAGGACUGCUUGGGAUUGCCCAGAAGGCCAAGCAAGUGAAGGACGAAUGCUUGGAGGAAAACCGCCGCCUAAAAGAGCAGUUGAGCCACUACGAAACGCAGAAAAAUGCGGACAAGGAGUGUAUCAAGGCUAUGCAGGAAGUGGCCGAUUCAUAUAUGGAUCAGAAGCUCCAAGCGACUAUGAAAGUCGAUGAGCUGGAAAAGCAACUGCAAAAAUUGAAAACACAGCUCAUCGAUGAGCAAUCGUCGCAUGAGAAAAAUAGUGAAAAACUUCGAGCCAACAUUGAGGAACUUAAGAAAGAGUUGGAUGCUUUCAAAGAGAACGCAACGGAUUACACAAAAGAGGCCACCGACGCCGCCGAACGUAUCAAGGAGCUCGAGGAGGAGAACGCGAAGCUGGAGAAAGAACGUGUGGCGAUUGAGCAGGAACUUAUCAAGGUGAAGGGAAGCCAAACAGUUUUAGGUGACUCCGUCCAUUCGACAAGGGAAGAAAAGUUGAUACGCAAACUAAAACUAUACAAGGCAAAAGUGCAAGAAAUCAACGCAAAGCUGCUGAUCCUAAAGUCGGACCGGAAAAUCCUGCUCAAAACUGUCAAAGAGUAUUCGGAGCAGGUACCCAAAUGGCAGAAGGAACUGGUCAAUGCGUCAAAUGUUUUGUUCGACAAAAUUCGCACCAUUGAGUUGGAGAAAAGUGACCUCGAGGAACGACUUUCAAAGCAAGUCAAAUUAUCAGAUGAUCUACAAGCUGAGAAUGUAGAACUGAACCGUCGACUGUCGUCUUUCUCACCUGGCGCAAACAAUAGCUCCACUACACACGUUGAGGAAGAAAAUGGCACAAAUUUGACUACCGUUGGUGAUGUGAAUCAGAUUGCUGUGAUGAGAAAACAACUGGAGGAUUUGAACGCUCAGUAUGUUGACAUGGAAAAAGCAAACCAACAAAUGCUGUCAGAAUACGAAACCAAACUACAACUUGAACGUGAUGAAAAAGAAAAUUUACGAAAGGACCUCCACAGCCAAGCCAAUUCAGAGCUACUAGAGAAAGCUGACAAACGAGUGGAAAAUCUAGAAAAAGAAGUGAAAGUGCUGCAAGAAAAGCUGGAGCAAACGACAGAACAAGUAGAGCGCAACAGCAAACGUCAAGAACUGAUUGAAAAUGACCUAAAGGCCAAGGAACAGGAGCUUGAAAGCAGCGAAAAGGAGAAGCUCCAUCUCGCUAGCAAACUAGAAGAAGCUGGUAAAUUAGCUGCGCAGUUGAAGCUCGAAGUCAUCGAACUACAAAGUUCGAUAGAUACCAUGUCGGAAAAGUUAGUUGAAACUGUGCAAAGAUCAGCCGAUUUAGAAGAAGUUGCUUUAAAGUUUUCGGAAGAGAAAGUAAAGUUGGAAAAAACUACCGCAAAGCUGGAGGAAAGAAAAGCUGUGAUGCAGAAACUUAUCGUAGAAAAUGAAAAUCUGGAAGCACAGUUGGGUCAGUUGGCUGAAAAGCUGAAAAACAGCAUCGCCAAAUCCAACCAGCUGGAGGAACGUAAUAAACAGCUGGAGGAUACGUUGGCAUCGUCAAGAAAGCAGUUGGAAGAGCUUGACGCCGAAAGAAUACGUCUCAGCGAUGAUCUGAAACAUGCGCAGGCACAGGAAGCACAAAAAGUGGAAGAAAUUUCACUGCGUUUAAACGAAAAAUGCAGCUUCAUAGCUGAAUUACAACGGGAAAAUGAAGCAUUGUCGGAAAAGUGGAAUGAAUUAGCGGUGGAAGAGCGGCAAACUCGCGAAGCGAACGAUAAGGAAAUGCAGCAACAAGUGAAACAAUUGGAGGAAGAAUUAGCAUCCUCAAAUGGUAAACAGGAUGUUUUAAAAUCGGAAAAUGCUGAACUACUGUCUGAGCUGAAGGAAAUCAACGAAAUACUUAAAGAACGUGGUGAAGUCAUUAAUCUGCAAGUCUCUAAAAUUGCUGAACUCCAGGAGAAACUUUCCCGCGUCGAAACGGUUGACGUGGAGCCAUUGAAGCACCAGAUCGAAAACCUCCAACGUACGGUUGAUGAGAAAGAUGCGGAGCUGGAGAGACAACGGGACGAGCUCGCGACGAUAAGGGAUCGGUCGAACAUAAGCUUCGAUGCACAAAGUGAUGUAAUGUCCACGUCGACCAUUUCGCGCGUCGAGGACGUUGCGCGGAUGCGUGAGGUGGAUGAAAGUUUCGAAGAAAAGUACAUAAAGCUGCGAUCGCUAGCAGUGAAACUGAAGAGAAAGGUCGCAGAACAAACGGUUAUGUUGCAAAAAUAUGAAAAAGAGGCAUCCAAUGCUGCCGCUAUUGUUGGCGCUGUGGUCACUACUACCAAUCCGGUGGCAGUCGAUGCCACGGCACAACAACAAACAGUGAACAAAAACCUACAAACAUUGCAGGCCGAGAACGAUCGUUUGGAGGAUCGGCUGGAAAACUUGCGUCAGGAAAUGGUAACGCUCCACGAGGAACUCGAUCGCAAGACAGUUGAACUGGCCACGAUGGAGCAGCUUCAGAAAGAUGUUAAAGAAACCGGCAAAGAUCGUUCCACGCUAGAAUCCGCCAUUCGGGAGUACCAAACGCAGAUACAGAAUUUGAAGCGAGAGAAAGACGCAUUUCAGCUGGCAAAGCGAGAAAUCGAUGCCGAAAAUCAGCGCCUUAAGGCAAGCUUAAAGUCCAAAGAAAAGGAACUUGCCGACGAGCAGGAGCUGCAAAGAGAGCUGAAAGCAGAGCUCGACCGUACCAAGCUAGCGGUCAAGAAAGCAAACGUACUAAGCCUUGAGAUGGAAGCGUACGAGCGGUCGUUGAACGAGCUAAACACAAAGCUGGAGGCCAAGAAAACGUUGGUCAGGGAGUUGGAGGGUACCAUCGACGUGCAGGAGCAAUCGAUCAAAAGCCUCAAGCAGCAGUUGGUCCUGCUGGAGGAAAGUCUCGAGUCGCAGCAAAAGCAUUCGCGCGAGCUCAAGCAGGAAGCCGACACGAUGCAGGGUAAGCUGCGCCAGAGCGAACAUCAGCGGGUUGAGCUGAUGGGACAGCUGGAGGAGUUGGGCGACGAGCACGAUCGCCUGAAGCAGAGGGUGGAAAACAAUCGCGUCGAGUUGGAGCAGAUGGCCGCUGAUAAGGAGCAGGUGUGCGGUGCGCUGGAGGUAGAGAAAAGCAAUCUUCUUAAAAAGAACCUUACACUGGAGGAUGAGCUAAACGUGUUGCGGAAAGCGAUCGUGGAAAAGCAGCAGGAGGUUGAGGAUGUGCGCACCGAGUUUGCAAGUUAUAAGAUUCGGGCGCAGUCGGUUCUACGACAAAACCAAAGUAAGGACAGCAGUCGAGAGAAGGAGCUGGAGGAGGAGCUCGAUCAAGUGCAACGGUCGUUGGAAGCGGUUGAAGCGAAGCAACAGGUUCUAUUGAAGCAGAUCGGCGAUCUGUCCAAGGCCAACGAAGAGUUGAGAAGCGAAAGAGAGCGCACUCAGAAUCGAUGCAAGGAACUGCUUGCACUACUGGAAGAGAGUCGUCUGCAGAAUGAAUCGUUGCUGGAAGAAACACGUAAGACGAACCUGGAACAUCAGGAAACGCUAAAAACGCACCGCAUUCAGAACGAAACGCUAAUCCAGUGCUACAAAAAGCAGCUGGAGGAGCUGCAGGAAGCGCACAACCGAGAGUUGGAGCAGCUGCAAACUACGGCGCGACACCGUGCUGAGGCGACGCUGGAUGGCCCAAGCGUGUCGGUCCGAGUGAAUCUACAAAACAGCAAUAGUUUCAUCCCAAUUGCACUGGCAGGGGGGCGGCAAGGUGGAGGAGACCGGUCUAGCUUUACCGACGAGCAAAGGGUGAACCUGCUGCUAAUGGAACGCGAAGAGGGCGAGGGUUCAGAAAGCACCAGCCUUGGUACGGCGUUGGCCACAUCCGGUACGGCGGCGGGCACGCUGAGGAGAAACCUGUCCUCCACUUCCACAGUGAGGGGACGCAGCAACCGGGAUGUUAUUCCGCUGGACGAGCUGCUGAACUCCUCGUUCGAAGAGACGGCAUCGGUAGUGCUCGGGGACGGCGAGGGCGACCAGUCGUCGUCGUCGUUUUUCGGUAGAGAACCAUCCCCCACGGUGGAACUUCAGCACACCAAAGAGCAGCUCAGCAAGCAGGAAAGUCGCGUACGUCAUUUGACGGCGGUGCUGGCCGAGGCGGAGCAGGAUCUGGCCAAGCUAACGCAGCUGAACGAGAUGCUGAAGGAGGAGGUCCGCCGGCAGCAGCGUUCCAUCGAGCGAGAGGCACAUGUGCAUAAUUCGGAAUAUUUGAAAAAUGUGAUAUUCAAGUUUAUAACACUAAAUAAUGGAGACGAGAGGUCGCGACUGGUGCCGGUUUUAAAUACCAUCCUCAAGCUUAGCCCCGAAGAGACACAAAAGUUACAGAACGUAGCCAAAGGCACCGACGCAGCAUCCCGUGGUUGGACUGGUCUCCUGUGGAGCUAAAACGUGUCUCGUCCACGGUGCCAACACGUGCUUGUCGGCAGAUCGAUAGUUCACUACUACGGAUAAUUCCCGUCAUUCCCUGGUUUAAAUAGGGGUCCUUUUUCCCAUUGCAUCACGAUCGGUUGUGUUCCUAUGCCACAUAUAAAAACCCACACACCGCAACAACCAUUAAACUCCUCUUGUAUCCCGUCCGAUGUACAAUAUUUUAGCAUUCCUGUACUGUAUUUUAAAAGAGCCUUUCUUCCAACGCAGUGUGUGUUCGGCGUCAUGUAAAUGAUCAAAGUGUUCUUAUGGCUCCUUUCUUGCAAUGAAGGAUACUUAUUGAAAAAGGUAAAACCGUUACAUUGCGUUAGGGUGAAUAUAUUAGGUAUCAAACGGCAAAUUAAGCGUUAUGCAUAUACUACAUUAUAAAUCAUAAUAAUAUAUUCGUUCUGCUGUUUGGGUAUCGAAGGUUAAAUAAGCCCGCUAUUUUGUGGAAGCAAUAGAUAUACUGCAAUAAACACAAAACAUUCACAA